AUGAAGGCCUCUCUGGAUCGACAGUUGAAGGAAAGAGAUGAGCAGAUUGUUAAGUUAAAGAAGAACCAGCAUGAAGCAAAUCAGCAACUGAAUGAAGGGAAGGCCAAGAAUGACGAGUUGGUAAAAAAACACGUAAUAGUGGAGCAAGAAUUGACAAGUCUAAAAAAGGCCUCGGAAAGUAAAAAGACUGCCAGCAAAGAAACAAUAGCUUCCUUGAAGAAAGAAAGGGACCAGUAUAAAUCAAAAUGGGAGGCUGAAAAAGAGAAGAGCAAAUUGGCUGAUCUCGCCCUCAAAGAAGAAAAAAGGUUAAGGGCUCGAUAUCAGUUGCAAGCUGAAGAUGAGGGAGCGGCAAGAAGGGUAGCUGAGUCAGAGAUGAAGGGAUACCUGGACAAGAUAAAUGGUAUGAGAAACCGGAUGUCUGCAAUGAAAGCCGAGCUUGAGUCCCGAGAGGAAGAAGCAAAUGAAAUGCAAGAACAGUUUGAAGAAUGGCAAGGCCAUAUCAACAGUUUCGAUGCACAACUAAACACUAAGGUAGCCGAGCUGGAUAUAGAAAAGGAAGAAAUGCAAAGGGCCAGAAAUCAGAUUCAACAGUUGGAAAAGAUGGUUCGAAUUUUGGAGACAAACAAUGAAACAUUAGCCGCCAGCAAUGGAACAUUGCUUCAAGAUAACACCGUGUUCCAUUACAAGAUUGAACAAACUGAUAGAUUAAUCGACAUGGUGGCUAGAAAGGCAAAUGAGCUACGAGCAAAGGCUGCCAGGAUUGCCAACAACCGCCAUAGAUACGAGGAAUAUUUGAAUGAAGUUUCCUCUUUCAUCAGGAUUGUGGCCAAUAGAGGGGUAUCAUUUGAAUGA